UUUUAUAGUAUUAAUAACGAGAGUUACAAAUGCAUGGGAGGAAAUGUGAUUCUGGAUACACAUGAUCUGGUGUAUGUGUCAGAAAAGUUAGACAGACUGAAGAAGGAUAACAUUGAGUACAUCCGAUCCAUCAUAGACAUCAUCGUCAUUCUACACAAUAUGAAAUCCAAAUAUCUCAAGAGCAAAAUACCCUUACCAGCACCACUCAUCAGGAGCUUGAAGAAGCCAGAAAAAAUCAUCGAAGUAUUAGAAGUGCCGCCAUCUAAAUGGUUCGAAGAGUUGCAAAUCAAAAUCUUUAAUACCACAGAUGCCAAAGAUGCUGAUGUCAAUAGUGCUUUGAUGCAGCUAGGUCGUUUCUCGCAAAUGGGCGUAAGGACGGUCCCACACUGCAGAGCAAGAUUAUGUUUGCUAGUUAUGUCGAUGCCAGCAUAUGAUCUCUGUAAAAUCUCAAUGCAAUUAGCAAUCAGAUUUGUUUUGGAGGAAAUAUUGACUGGUCAAGCUGAAGAAUAUUAA